AUGGCUUCCAGCGUAUUAAAAGUGAAGGACUUAUUCAAACUUUGCCGCUCGUUUGCUUUGAAGAAGAUGACAACGAAGAAUUGCCUUCGCUUUUUCACCGUAGCUUGGGAUAUUAAAGAUCUGCAGCUUUUAGAGAGUUGUUUUAGAUUCAUUCAGAUACAUUUCGAAGAGGUUCUAAUGGAUUCGAGAGAAUACGUGGCUGAUUUACCUUUUGAUUCUUUGUUGCGGUUUUUGGGAGACAGGAAUUUGAACGUGACUAGCGAGAAAACAAUCUGGAAAGCCAUCGUGACCUGGUCAGAAACGGAAACACUCGAGAAGUUGCGUUUUGUUCCUCGGCUACUUUCAGUUUUAAAUUUAGAUGAAAUUGAUGAAGAAUUUGCAAAGGAAAUCCUUGACCAUCCAAUCAUAAAGCAUAAUCCUUUCUGCGAUGAAAUGAAUAAUGCGAUACUUAAAUCAUCGCCAAGUUCGAAUCGUGAUAGCUUUAUAGCACAUAUUCGUAGAGACCAAAAUUUCAUUUCGGAUAUUUAUAAUUGCCGAAUGCCUUUGAAUCUGAAUUUCAUAAGUUACUACAGUACGUUAAAAGAAAGUCCUUCGAUAAAACUGUAUCUAACUUAUGAUGAUAAGCUGGAUAUUUGGCGACAAGUUGGCGACAUCGACUUUUGGCCAGAUUCUCUCAUUCAGAUAAAGGAACGAAUUUACAUGUUCAAUUCUUUGGAAAACCGCAGCCUGGCAUUCGAUGCUCUAAGUUGUUCCUUGAUACAAGUACGACCCAGUCCAUUUCCUCGAUUUCAUUAUCACGUGGUCGCCGUGGGUAAUUCCAUAUAUGCAGUAGGAGGAGCAACUGAAAGGGAGGAAAGUACUUCCUUGUUGGAAUGCUACGAUCCAUUCUUUGAUUCAUGGGAGAUUAUGAAACCAAUGAUUCCAAUGAUUCUUUGGGAAGCCAUCAUUAUGGGCAGAUUCAUUUAUGCCAUCGGCGAGGAUGUAACUGCAAAUCUUCCAACAAUGAUGGUUCAGGUGUAUGAUUCAGAUUUUUGCAGCUGGAGGUCAGUUAGUGCUCCAAAAGUAUAUCGUCAGGAAUUCGCAGUAGCCUCAUUUGGAGGUCAGCUAUAUGUGAUAGGAGGGCACAGUCCUUUUAAUUGUCUGAAAAGCGUGGAGAUAUACGAACCUGCCAGCGACACCUGGAGGGAUCUACCAGAUUUACCAUUUAGUUAUGUCCUUCCGAAAGCUGUUGUUCUUGAUGGCAAAGUAUUUGUGUAUGAAGACCUCUUUAAGGGGAAGCGAUAUGGUACUGUUCAUCCUCCAAUUUAUUUUGAUGAGGGCAGACAGAACUGGGCAACCGUAGAACCAGGUUCUCCUCUGAUCGAUAUUCAUUUGUAUCAGUUCUGCUCUUUGGAAGGAUCUGACGUUUUAAAAGAAUUGGUUGUCAAUAACAGACGUCCAGGGAUUUCAUGGAGCAAUAGUUUCUUGUACAAAAAUUUUUAAUCAAUGAAUUAAAAUUUAUUCGAUAGCCUUUUGGUUAUUUACAUU